AUGCAGCAAUCAAGGUCUACUGUUGCUGUUUUUGGAACUGUGCCCAAGGAAGCCAUGGAACCAAAUCAAGAAGAGAAACAAGUAGAAGGAGAUCCUGAACUUGUGGAGGAUGCUGAAUUAUACCAGCAGUUGCUAAAGGAGUUCCUUGAGACCAUCGAUCCAGCUUCCUCUGGUAUAUUUUGGUAUAUUGCCGAGGCGGCUUUCUAUGUGAUGAAGAAAUUUCAGACGAAGAAGAGUAGACUUGUGGAUCGGCGUGCCUCUGAGUGCAGAAAGAUCAGGUAUAAUGUUCAUGAGAAGAUGGUCAACUUCAUGGCUCCACGACCUGUUAGGAUUCCUCCAAACACUGCUGAUUUGCUCAAGAAUCUCUUCGGUCUCAAGACCAGAAACGUUCCGUCUGAAGCAUAG